CUUUCCCGUCUACUCACUGUGGUUGUACACGCGUCACAUCCGGUUCUGACUCAGUGAAUACGGCACUAACGAAACGGAGGCGAGUACCAGUGUUUCGCUUCACUUGAUAACAUUAUUAGCUAACUAAAUAAACCAGUUCAUUUUCUAUCAUUUAAGUUUCUAUCGACAAGAAAUGAGCGACAACGAAAAGGAUUUUGGCGAGCGGGACUCGCGGUCCGCUUCCAGGAGUGUGAGCCCAAGGGGUUCUGGGAAGUCUGCCAGCCGCUCCCUGGCCCAUUCCCCAGCCCGCUCCAAAGAUGGCUCCAGACACUCCAGGUCUAAGUCCCACUCCCGAUCCCGCUCCAAGUCCAGGUCUCGUUCCCAUAGAAGCUCCCGCAGGCAUUAUUCCCGCUCUCGCUCCCGUUCCCACCGCCGCCGUUCCCGUAGCCGUUCCCGAAGCGGGGAAUACCGCCGCCGUCGGAGCCACAGCCACUCCCCCAUGUCCAACCGCCGCAGGCACAUUGGCAACCGGGCCAACCCGGACCCGAACUGCUGCCUGGGUGUGUUUGGUCUGAGCCUGUACACCACAGAGAGAGACCUGAGAGACGUGUUCUCCAAGUACGGCCCCCUGGCUGACGUCAGCAUCGUCUACGACCAGCAGUCACGACGCUCCCGCGGCUUCGCCUUCGUCUACUUCGAAGUCCGAGAGGACGCCAAUGAGGCUAAGGAGAGAGCUAAUGGAAUGGAGUUGGAUGGACGGAGGAUCAGGGUGGAUUUCUCCAUCACCAAACGACCACACACUCCUACCCCUGGGAUAUACAUGGGACGGCCCACAUAUGGUGGUGGCGGCGGCGGCAGCAGCAGCGGAGGCGGUGGAGGAGGAAGUGGCGGCCCCAGCUCAAGCUCAUCUCGCCGUAGCUCGAAGGAUUACGACCGCGGCGGUGACCGUGGUUACGACAGAGGCUAUGACCGUGGCUGCGAUCGCUACGACGACCGAGAGUGCUACAGGUCUUACAGGCGCAGGUCUCCGUCCCCGUACUACAGCCGAGGGGCAUACCGGUCUCGCUCACGCUCGCGAUCUUACUCCCCACGCCACUACUGAGCAGAGGGAGAAGAGGAACAAGAUGAUACUUCUUGUGGGGUUAGGGCCGGGGGGGGUGGAUGUGGGGUUAGGGC